AAGAAGAAUGUUGGAGAAUUCAGUAUGCUGGAGCUUGACGUUUUUUCUCGAGAUAUUGGGGGGCGAAAGAGAGACUCAUUCAGAAGUCGGCGAAGAUGAAAUUUGGACUUCGAAGCUAAAUAAUAAUUUGAGUCAAAAGGACGCCACUAAUGAGUUCACGAUGCAUCAACUGAGGCUGGUUCCCUAUACAAAAAUAACCUAGACCUUCUUGAUCAGCCAAACAGAAAGGCUAAGAUUUCAAUUUCUGGCUAAAUAAAGUUUGGAGUGGUGGGACUGUGGAUCUACUAUGUUUUUGCUCAAUGCAAAAAAUGGGUGAGAAAGAAAGAACACGAAUGUAAAGAGAUGGAAUACGAAGGUUUUCAGGAGACUUGAAGGAUAUGAAUUUUCAGAAUAGAUAUAAGACAUUUUAAUUCCAGUCAGCUUGUAAGAACGUGAACAAAAUAUCAUAUCUGCAUUAACGGCGUGAAUAUUUUUACGAAGUGACUGCUCGUGAAUUUAUUCGGAAUUGCACCGUGAACAAAAUCUUCGCGGCAGUCUCGGAUAAUUUUUCAUUUAUUUGCGAAUUUUUAUCCAAGUUUCAUAUCGUUUUAUUAACACAAUCAAAGGACUGAAAGACAACAGACAUCUGUGACUCUAAUAUAAUUUGACGAUUAAAAGUUUAAGUAAAUCAGCUUGUCAAUUUUCUUUUUGACCGCAAGUUAUAAAUAAUUGUUUGAAGACGACAAUUACAACAGUCAUUUUUCAAGUCAGUACUGCGAUAGUUAAUUUUCAAACUCAGAAAAAUGCUAGCUCCGAUUCACGAUUUGCCGACGCAUUUGCUCCAAAAUGUAUUUUCACUGAUCGAUACGAGAGAUGUUUUUGCAUUCGCAGAAACCAGAAAAGAAGUUUCUCGGACACUUCCUCGUCUGGCUUGUAGAUGGAAAAUUCCACUGACCAUUGAAGCAGAUCCAGAAAACUUUGACGAGGUGCCGUUCGGAUGGGAACAAGUGAAAGGUUUCCUCGACCAAAUUGAAACGAAUGAUCUCUGGAAGCUUUCCGAGCUCACUUUGAAAUAUGUUCUUCCUGCCGAUGUGAAUUUGAACUUCUCGCUGACGCCAUUUGAAAAACUGAAAGCUGCCUGGACUUGGAAUGUAUCUGAAAUCCAUCGUCUUUCGAUCGUCAUUGAUGCCAGAAACGUCUCAGAAAGUCUUAAGAACAUCGGAACCAACCAGGAUCUGAAUUUGACGGCAGUUCUUCAAUCAUUUCCAAACUUGGCAGGUCUAUGUGUGGUCUUGUCUAAUGGGAACGGUAGGUUUCUAAACAACUUCAAGUGCACAAUUCAACUAGACGAAUCGACAGAAGAAUUGAAAACCGGAAUAAAGUAUUUCAAAUCUGAAGGUUUCGUUCUUGAAAGUAACUUCGCCGAUGCAAUGUCUCGAGUUUGCCCUGGUUUGCAGUCGGUCAAAACAUCAGGUGGAUCUUUUUCAACUUACUAUGGAUCGGACCGAAAACUGGAAAUGUUCUCGCGGAUGAAUGAUGUAACACUUCUGGAACUUUCCUCCUGGUAUGAAGAGUAUUUCUUACGAGACCAGGUUCCAAAAAACGAACAUCUGCGUCGGCUUUCGCUCCGAAUCGACUCGGUAACGAGUUUGAACAAUAUUUUGAAAAGCUGUCCGAAACUGGAGUCCCUUUCGGUAACCGGCUCGAACGAACUGAAACACCCAAAAGUGACUCUGCCUUCUGACCCGUCGCUUAAAUGGGAUUUUCAACAGCUGAACCACCUUCAGUUGGUCGAGUUUCCUCUGGCGAGUUUUGAUUUCUUAUACGAAAUGAAAAAUAUGCAGACUCUCAGUAUAAAAUGGAUGACGAAUGAGCAGGUUGAAACUCAACUAAUAUACUUGUCGAAAUUUUUCAAACCGAGAAGUGACAACAUGACUUGUGCAGUCGAAAAUCUGGUUAUCGAAGGUCGCUUGGACGAAGACCUCAUGAGCAGGUCUCUGAAAAGGAAGAUCGAGAAAAGUUUGAUCGAAUUAUUCCAAGGGCUAGAUUCAACAAUGAUUGAUCCAAAAAUCGUGGUUUUUGAUAUGCGAAGCAACAAUAAUUUCUACGAUUUGGACCAAAUUCCCGAGCCUGACAGGAUAACCCCGGACUAUUUCCGAGUGAAUGAUAAAAUAAUUCACGAAUGUUCCAAUUUGACUGUCUGGAAUACAUUGCUCAAAUUGGAGAACGAAGGAUGUGCUAUUCGCCUUUAGCUUACUGUAGUUUUGUUUAGUUUAGUUUACUUGCACCAUAAGUUGAAUUUGAGAUAGGGUAAAAUCAAUGUUAUAAUAGAUUCGUUUAAUCGAUCCUUGCAUUGUAAAUAUUAC